UUUUCUAAUAAAAACAAAGAUAAUAAAAAUGGCAUUAUUUAUGAAACAAGACUUCAAUCCGCCUGUGCUUUCUAGGAAAUGGAUUGCUAUAAAGUUAAGACCGAAUAUGUUACUGUACAGUCGGGAUAACAUCAUAUAUAUCUUGGAAAGUGGGUUACUGUUCAGAGAGGAUUGUGCAGAGGUUGAACAGGAGAUACCAGUAGUGGUGCGGCAAGCUGGUGGCUGGUUGACAACUGGAGAACAGGUUACAGCUGCUGCGUUAGUGGCAGCUUGUAUGGUAGCUUGUCCACCUCGGAAUUUACAGCGGUCUACAUUACUGCGUACAGCAUCGUAUCUGUUACUACCAGUAUGUGUGAGAUGGGUACACAGACGACAAUGUCGGGGUCGUUUACCAGAUUUGUUGUCUUUAAUGCGCGACUAUCUCGCUCUUGCUCGUCGCGCUGCUGCACUCUGCAGGGAAUAUACUGCACUACAUACUAAAUUGGAGUCGUUAUCAUCAGUGAUUGAGGCGACACACGUGAUGCUGUGUCGUCAACAGAGCAGUCUCUCUGUGCUACUUGCGCGCGCUUCCUCCGCCGUGCUCGGUAAUGCAUCCUGGCUCAGAGACGACCUCGCUUGGGACGCGGUCACUAAUCGCGACAAUGAUAACUUAUUAAAAAUUCAUCACGUGUUUCUAGUUGUACAGUCAACGUUACUCAAACAUAUAGCAAUGGUACACUUCAUUCCUCCAACACACGCUAGAAAAAUGUAUAAAAAUCAUAACGAACUCAUUUACUGGAUUCAUAAAACGCUCAUAGAAUAUCUAAUAAAUGAAUUCAGAGAGAAUUAUAAUUCAUUAGAAAGAAUGUAUCGAUUACUUAAGAACUAUGGUGUUAAAGAUGAACCGAAAACCGGUCGAGUUGUUAAAGAUAGUUGGAUGUACUCCGAUGUACACACAGACAUAGCUAGAGCUUCUUUGGAACUGAAAUUAGCUCUAACAAAGUGUAACAGCAUAGAUAUGUUCCUAGAUGCGUGUGCUAUGAAUAAACAAGAACUAAAUGUUGUAAUACUUAAUAAAGAUAUAGAAGAUCUAAUAGAUAAUAUAACAAAAUGUCUGGCGACUGCACAAAAUUCACAAAUUAGAUUAAAAAAAUUGCAUAGAAAGUUAGAUGAUCAUAAUCCGAUAGUUGACAGUAAUGUAAUAAACGACGAGGAAGAAAAUAUUUUGAAAAUAGAAGACAAAGAACCAGAGACAAAAGAUGAAGUUUUUUAUUUUGUUAAAACAGAAGACGAUAGUAUCACACAAGCGGCCGAAGAUGUCACAACAGGGCCGGGGAAAAAAGAAAAGGAAACUUCGAAAUUUGUUUUAAAUGAAUUGAAAAGGAAAUUAGUGAAAAGAGAAGACGUGAUGCGGGAAAGAGAAAGACAGGCGUUGGCGAAAACUAUGCCAGAACUAAAAGUGGUUCCAGAAUUCUCUCGACAAAUAAAACUCGAAGAGGUUUUAGACCGAAAAGGUUUUAUAUCAAAAAUAGUAAAAAAACAAACGAAAAAAGUUAAAAAUAAAAAAUCAUGCGGUGUAUUUAAUAAUCAAAGAUGUAGAUUGAAAAAUAAAUUCUAUAUGAGCGAAACAGAAAUCUCGGGAUAUAUUUAUGAAGCGAAUUCAUGUUUAAAAUGUAAGAUCAAAUUAAUUACGAUCACUGUAUUUAGUAAUUUUAUUAUAAUAACCAAAUGGUGUAGAAAAUCAAAACCAAUCACAGAUAAUAAAUUUGAACACCAUCUUGGCGAAUCAAUAAACAAUAAUUCACAAGAAAAUUUCAAAGUUUCGAAGAAAGAUUUAGAAUUAUCAUCAUCUGAAAGUGAAUCAGACUUCGAUCAAAUAGGACGAGGGGAAAUUUUGAAAGACAUUCGACGGCAUAGAGUAAACAAAAAGAACACAAUCAUAGACACAGCUGACGAGAGUUUACGGCCCAUAGAGUAUAGUUUAGGUACUGGAUUGGCUAUGGCAUCGGUGUUACAGAUAAAUAGCUUCGCGAAUAGACUUAAUAUGGCGGAAGAAGAGUUUAUUGGAGAUGGUGAGGUGUCAGAUGAUAGUGGAAACGAUGAUUAAAUCAAUAUUAA